AUGAUUAGCAAGCUUUGGGAAUACUUCCUCCGAGAUGACGUCGAGAGCUUCCAACAGUUCUUGGCGAGUGCCGGCAAUGCGCCUGGCAGCCAGAAGGCCUCUGCAGGAGGAACAGGAAUAGGAAGUCCUCCUCCUCGGAAGGUCGGAAGCCCCGGGGAAACAGCAGGAUCAUCGCCUAGCAAUUAUUCGUUGAAAAAUCGGAAAUCAAUUGUGAACUUCUCUGCCUCGUCCCUCCCCGACCGCAACGGUUUCCAGCGCGGCACGACAUCAUCACGGGCGGUGCUUAACGCACGCGAUCAAUUCGGUAGAACUAUCCUCCAUCAUGUGGCUUCGUCCCAGAAACCUACUGCAAUCGACUUUGCGCUUGUUCUGCUGGAGGAACCCUCCCUUGACAUCUACGUGCAGGAUUGGGAGAGCGGGUGGACCGCCUUGCAUCGCGCGUUAUAUGCUGGAAACAUUGCAAUUGCCCAAGCUCUGGUGGCUCGUGAUGUAUAUGAUGCGACGAGUUUUAAGAAACCAGGGAACUCGAGUCAUACGAGCGGGUCCUUGAUCAAAAUCAAGGACCGUGAAGGCUAUAGCCCUUUUGACGUCUACGGCGCGACAAUAACUUCACGCGAUAUCAAGCGGGCCGUUUCUGAAAGGAGCGCACUGCUUCCGACACUCCCUGAGCUCGCAGACAAUGACGCUGCCUCCGAUGCACCCUCUACUUACGAAGGCGAUGGUGAUGCCAUACAAGGUGUGACAUACCCACAGUCAAGCUGUGGGGAUGAGGUGUUUACAUUUGGGAGCAACAAAAACCUCAACCUCGGCCUUGGUCAUCAGGAUGACCGCCAGUUUCCUGAGCGAGUCAGUUUGAAGCGUCCAGAACAUCUUUUGCAACGGUUCUACCGUGAAUAUCAAGAACAACUACCAGACUACCAUACGCAUUCAGCACCCCACCAUUCGAACGAGCUUCCAGCUCUGAUAAGGGACAAGCCUAUGAAGUUUAAUGCUAUUGCUAUGUCUAAACUCCACACGGCCAUCCUAACCAGUGAUCCGGAAUCAAACCUCUUUAUCUGUGGAUUUGGACCAGGCGGGCGCUUGGGGACUGGCGAUGAAUCAACACAAUUCAAUUUCGUCUGCGUGGAGACGGGCGGCCUCGCGGGGAAAAGGGUCGUCUCCAUUGCACUAGGUCAGGAUCAUACCCUUGCUAUUACCGAAAAGGGAGAAAUUCUCAGCUGGGGAAGCAACAAAUAUGGUCAACUGGGCUACAGCCUGCCCAAAUCAAAUAACAAGAAUGACGCUCCCAUGCAAUUGAUACCACGGCAGAUCUUCAAUCCGUUCAAGAAAGAAUUUAUGCUCGGGGCAGCUGCGUCUUCCAUCCACUCAGUAGUCUUCAGCAGUUCCGGCCUCUACACUUUCGGGAAAAACGAAGGCCAGCUUGGUCUGGUUGAUUCGGACGCUCGUUCACUCCAGGUCCAGAUUACUCCUCGGCGUGUGGGAGCCUCACUCUUCACCUGUCCAAUACAAAUGGUGUCGGCCAUAGACCGUGCCACCUCUGUGCUUCUCCAGAACCACGAGGUUUGGGUUUUCUCGCAAUACGGUUACUCGAGACUUACGUUUCCGUUGGAUGUUAGUUCUAUUUUUAUCAAAAACAGCUUUAUGACAACUCGAUAUGACGCUGCGGUCAACCGUAUAGUCAAAGUUACAUCCGGUGGGAAUACGAUUUGCGCUUUGUCCAGCUUUGGUGAGGUCUUUACAGUCCAAGUUAAUAAACCAGACAUUUCAUCUGCCUCUGCCUCUACAACGAAUCCUACAAAGAUUCGAAACUCCUUAUCUCAGCCAGUUCGAGCUUGGUCUGUUAAGAAAUCACACAUGGCCGCCACAGAUGUCGAUGUUGGGCAGGACGGGUCAGUAAUCAUAUGUACCAGUUCGGGCUCUGCGUGGAGAAAGGAAAAACGGGAACGCCGGACAGAUUCCAAGGAAGAUGCAUCCAAGGAUUAUAAGUUCUCCCGUAUUCCUGGUCUGUCUAGGGUUAUAAGCGUUACCUCUAACGCCUAUGGUGCAUAUGCUGUUGCACAGCGCGAUUGUGAUGUAACAAAGGAGCAAAUUCACGUUGACCGCAGCACCUUAUGGGAUGAUAUGUUGCCCUUACUUCCCUUCGGUGUACUAGGGAUGGCUAAUACCCCAGACUGGGAAGAUGCUAUCGAGGAUGCCAAUUUUGAUUUGCGUCCUAUCACGGCGAUUAAAAGAGCCGUGCUUUCAUCCUCAGACAUUGAGAACCAAUUUCAAUCGGUGGUGGGAACUUACGGAUUGAAUGAAAAUUUGAGUGGAAUCGUCUGGAUCACAAGCAAUCUUUCUGAUGCUAAGAUUCCUGUCCACGAAUUCAUCUUAACCGCGCGGAGCCCGGUGCUAAGACACGCAUUUCAUGAGUUUCGUCAAACAUACUACUUCUGCGUACCGGAUAUCUUUGCCAUUGAAUAUGGACAGGAUGGCCAAUGCCAAAUCCAGUUUCAAGGUGUCGAUUUCCUGUCCAUUUUGAAUCUUACUUUCUUUCUGUACACGGAUGGCGUCUUGGACGUUUGGCACUUGGCCAAGCCAUCGUCCGAAAACGCGUUUCGGUAUCGUCAAGUCCGCACAGAAGUUAUGCGCAUUGCUACGCAUUUAGGACUCCCAACCCUAGAGCGGGCGGCCAGACUGAUGAUCGAACCAGCCCGCCUGCUGAAGGCCGAUAUGAGCUGUGCCAUAGAGGACCCUCACUUCUUCGAAAGCGCCGAUGUAGUCGUCAAGCUGAAUGGUGGGACUGCAAAGGUGCAUAGCUAUGUCAUCUGCCAGCGGUGCCCAUUUUUUGAUGCCCUAUUUCAUGGACGUUCGGAAGGCAGGUGGAUAUCUGGACGCCGUGCGAACCAGACUGACACUGUCUAUGUGGAUCUCCACCACAUUGAUCCUUCUGUUUUUGACUUUGUGCUCCGGUACAUGUACGCGGACACUGAGGAACAGUUGUUCGCUGAGGUUAGGUCGAAACAUCUGAGCGAUUUCGUUGAUCUUGUUAUCGAUGUCAUCUUCGUGGCGAACGAGUUGAUGAUUGAUCGGCUGGCCCAAAUCUGUCAGAGGAUACUGGGCCAUUUUGUGACCUUGCGUAAUGUCUGUCAUCUUCUUAACUCCACUGCGCCAUGUUAUGUGAGGGAGUUCAAGGAUGCUGCCUUGGAGUAUAUUUGCCUUAAUCUUGGAGACAUGCUGGAGAAUAGACUUUUGGGAGACCUUCAUGACGAUCUACUUCUUGAGCUUGAUGCUAUCUGUCGGGAUAAUCAGUUGACGUGCUAUCCUGUCUCUCGUGUGCGAAACUCCGAAGAUUAUAUCUUCGAGAAGUAUCCGGAGAUCGUCCCAUUGUUCGACAGGGAUAGAAACCGAAGGAUAGAUUCGAUGAAGCUAAGAUCUCGACUGAACCAAGCGGAGUUUUACGAUGGAGAAAGAUCACGACCAACGACUAAUGAGAAGGCAUCUGUGUCUUCCACUCCACGGAAGGAGAGGAUUUCUUCAAUACAAGAAACGCCAAGCAUGGCUCGCAGUCCAACUCUCACGUCAAAGGAGUCUAGCGGUGACUUGAUGUUCCAAAUGGAUGAGGAGGCUUCGCUGUCAUCUGGUAUUCCAAUGAAAGGGAAAGGUGCAGUAAGAGGAGCUGAGGUCAGAACAUAUGCUGGCUCUUUCUCCCCUGCUCUAGGUGGCAGCGUAGUUGAAGCUGGAGACUCGCUAGAUGAGCAAGGUUACCUCGAUGAACAAAUGUCAUCCAUUAAGGGUUAUUCCAUCACUGAAUCGCCAUCAGAAUCCCGGGCUGCAGCACUUCACCAAACGAGCUCCCUAUCCCCUGCGGGCGCAGUGUCAAAUGCUCCUUGGGGGCCGCCAGCGAUUGCAACUGCGAAAAAGGAUCUGAAGGAUAUCAUGGCCGAGGCAUCGCAAUCCCAGCUUUCUAAUCUUACUUUAGGCAUGUCGGCUAGUCGUGAUAUCGGCGGCAGCUUUGCUCAGAGGCUAUCGCAGAAAGAACGAAAGAAAAUCCAGCAGCAGCAAAUGCAGGAUAAGCUUGCAGCCCAGCAGAAAACCAAGGGGCCACCACAGAACCCUUGGCAGAUCCCAACAGCAAGCGGGACGGUCCCUGCCAAGCAGGGGAGUGAAAGUGGCACGAAUAGAAAGCCUAAUCCUACCACUCCUGAUUCAACUAAGUCAUUUCCGAAGCCUUCUAUGACUCUCCGCCAGACAAUCGCGGGGACUCCUCCCCCACAUAAACACAAAGCAGGGAUUACAGUUUCACAAAGUCAAGGCCGGAGCCCGUUGGGAAAUAUGCAAACUCCUUCAAGGCCAACUCCAGCAUCGGCAUUAAAGCCGGCUCCGUCAACAUCAGGACCCUCUGCUUCCCCACUUGCUCCAAUGAGUCCCCAACCUGCGAUUCAAUCUAUACGCCACAUACCCCGUCCAGAACCUCAUCACCAUAGCUUCCAUUCACCGUCAUCUGGAUCGACAUCUCUGGCCACUAUCUUCCUGCAGCAGCAAACGGAGAAGGAAGAACUCCGGGAAGCCGCAAUGGCAAAACACAACCUCCAAGACAUUCAAGCCGAACAGGAAUUUCAGGAAUGGUGGGACAAGGAGAGCAAACGCGUGAGGGAACAAGCUGAGGCCGAGGCUGCCGCAGCGGCGGCAACAGCAUCCCGUUCAGAACGAGGCCGCGGCAAGGGGCAGGGUCAGAGCCAAGGAACUCCGCGCAAGAGACGCCCCAAGGGAACCGAGAAGGCCUCGGACCCAUCUUCCCCGACAGAACAAACCCCCAGACCGGUCACUGGGAACGUGAAAAAGAAGAGCCUCGAUGGCCGCGCAGCACAUCAUCAACGCCGAUCCUCGGGCAAUAAGAAACAACAUGUAGAUGAAGCCGGUGGAAAGAAUGCGCGGCGAGGAGGAGGGAAUGUACGAAACAAGGGCAAGGAACGGGAUCUAAAACCGUGAAUAAGUCGAAUGAAGGAUACUACUAUGAAUUAAUACCAUCAUGUACUAACACCUCGAGCCCUUAUGAUUCUUUGUUCAUAUAUAUAUACCCCUUGUUCUCCUUCAUCGUUUCCUCGGAAAAACACAAUGUCCCCAUGUUCCCAUGUUUUUCUUCCCGAAGAAGUUCUUGAUUCCCAUUGCUGUCUCUUUUCUAUUUCUAUUUUUCACUUCAUGGAUUGAUUCUGGAGACCUUGUCAGGUCUAGACCAUUGACAUACUUGAUAGCUAGUUAACUAACCAACUGCCUAAUUACCUAAUCUAAUAGAUAGAAUCGUAGUUAACUAACUAGAUAGACCAGCUGAGC